UAGCAAAGGAUAUGCCAGACUCGCUGGUUCCGUGCUCCUUUUUUUAACCUUGCCUCCCCCGGUUUCGCGUUCCGUUCCCUUUGGCUCUGUUAUUCAAUUUUUCCCUCCUCUCCACUACCCCCUGUCCCCUGUUGGUCGUGUUUGGUCAGCCUGCCAGAGUGUACGAGAGGGGAGCACGAGCACUGCCUGGAAGCCCACACGGGCCACACAGUCCAAGUCGAUAGUGGCGUUUGCUCCGUGAAGGUCCCCGAGCGCAGGAACUCACCUCGCCUCUCACCUCCCGCCUCCCACCAUCCUAUCCAUCCCCCCUCCAUGAUUUAAAACACAGAUUACUCGCCUGGACUCUCAGCUGGCUCUGGUCUCAUCUACCACUCCCUCAAUUCUCUCCCCGUCUAUCUACAUCUCUUCGAUUUCCAAGCUCCGUAUACAAACCUCCACGCUGUAUACCUCCAGCGACCGCCUUGCCAACCACACUCGCUACAAACAUGUCGGACAUAGAGGAAGAAUGGAAGCCUACCGGACGGCCUCAGUCGACCAUGGCCCGUUCCCUUGCUGCUGCCCUUGAUAACGCCUUCAUGCUGGAUAAUGAGGUUGACAGCCUGACACAAUCUGUGCACUAUAAGCAACAAAUGGUCACGAUUCAAAACCGCGAGCUGGAGGCUCUGGAAGCAAGAAUCAGGGAGGCUGAAAUGCGCCUGAGAGAAACAAGUUCCCGUUCCGUUUCCCCGGAGGAACAACCUUCCAAUAGUACGGAAAGUGGCCCUGACCAACCGAAAGAUGACAUGGCAGAGACGAUAACAUCCGGCCAGGAUGCGGAGGAAAGACAUGCAACUACGUCCAGCGAUGCCGAUAGUAGCGCUAAGCGCGACGACAGUCUCACCAGAAGCGAGUCAAAAGAGAAGGACAGUGACAUGGAUCGAAAUUCGUAAUAGAAACAGUGUGAACGAGAAAGGGACCCUGUUCAUUUGUUUGUCACGUCUGUUUCUUGCUUCUCUGUCUAAAGACUCCCACUGCAGCAAGUCAAGGAACACUGGAGCCUGCGGCUCUUAGCCUCCAUAAGAAUUAAGAAAUU